AUGGAUCAUGGCAGAAGUGUUAGAGCGAUAACUGCUAUAACGUUGUUGGUGCUAUUGUGCGCCGGGCAAGCAACGGCGAGUUGCUAUGGUGAUUGUCUGCACAAUUGCUUUGCUGAAGCUAAGGAAGUUACAGUGUGCCUCGUAUCAUGCAUCUUCAAGUGCAGAAAGGUCGAACUUGCCGACAACCCUUGCAAAUUUAAUUGUGCGAUUAAUCAGUGCUCUCGAUUUGGUACCGAUGUUGCCAAAGCUGAUGAUUGUAUGAAUGAGUGUGAGACUGGAGAAUGUAACCAAGUCGUGAAAACAUUGCCAAGUGAGUGUCAAGAAGCAUUAGCAGUAACUUUCAAAGAAUGUUAUUCACCUUGUUUUAAUGAUUGCACUACGAACCAACGAAAGGAUAUACCGACGUGCGGAUUACAAUGCCUUAACGAAUGCUUGGCUUCGUCUCCACCGGGGUCGAACAAGAUUCACUACUGUAAAUUGGGUUGCGCUAUUCACGAAUGCGCUGGAUUUAGCAACGAUGCUGACAAGAUGGAUGAUUGUGUGACUAAGUGUGGAAAUGGGAUAUGUAAGAGGCUUUAA